UACAUGCGUCUGUUAGGUAAAUUUAAGAUCUUAUAUUACUCCUUUUCACUCUUAAGUACUAGUAUGAACACCAUCGGCAUUAUAAUAUUCGACUUUUUCCUUAUUAAACCGGCCAAAAAGAUGCUCCCUCACAAUUAUCGCAGCUUAGUAAAACAUUCCCCGACAGGCAGCGGUUCCGCCCGUAACUAUAAUAAAAUCUUAAUUCGAACGUGACACUUGCUUCUGCCAUGCGUGGGACUCGCGCAUAUUUUGUUCGAUGAGAAAACCAUCGGGAAAAUUUCAAUCAUUAGAUUGGACUUUGCCACUGCACUAUCUUUAGUGACUCAUGUGCUAUCACGUUACAUCCGAGCGCUUCGCGAGAUAGCUAACUUUUUCCCUUAUCUCUCACGAAUCGCCGGCAGAUUCAAACCAUCGCUCACCCAGGAAAGAAAAUGCCGACACUGUGGUCGCAGGUCAGUAGUAUGGCUUCGGCAGAACCCGUACCGUUAACCGCCCGUGAAGCUGCCUCCGGGCUCUUGGGAUCUAUUUCUUUGACCUGCUGGAUCUUUGUCCUGGUGCCUCAACUUAUCGAAAAUUAUCGCAAUGGCAACGCGGAGGCCAUCUCUCUUGUCUUUCUCGGCGUUUGGUUCGUCGGUGACGUAACCAACCUAAUUGGAGGCCUUUGGGCUGGGCUGGUUCCCGUAAUUGUGGCUAUUGCUGUUUAUUUUUGUAUCGCGGAUGGCGUGCUUAUCGGGCAAUGUCUCUACUACAAGAUGCGGAAUUCGCGUCUUCAUGCCUUCCACCGUCGACGUUCUUCCGUGGAAACACCUGACCCGACCACCCCAUUGCUGGGCCGGCGCUUUAGCGACAGCCUUCACGAUGGACCGGCUUCGCGCCGUCGAUCAUGGGCGUCGCAGCACCGUGACGGCCAUGCUAAUGGACCGGACGAUACACUAGCGAAAAUUGUUGAGGAGAACGAGGCCGGUCGCAGUGCGUGGAUCAAGAACUUCAGCAGCGUCCUGGCCAUCUGCGUGAUUGGAAUGGGUGGAUGGACGAUCGCAUGGCAAUCUGGUGUUUGGCAACCGGCACCCCAGGAGGAUGGCGGAGGUGCCGAGAUAGCCGUUGGAGCCCAGGUAGUUGGGUAUUUCAGCGCGAUCUGCUAUCUAGGUGCACGUCUUCCGCAGAUUUACAAGAACUGGAAGGACAAAUCUUGCGAGGGGCUCUCGCUUUUGUUCUUUAUUCUCUCACUCUUGGGAAAUUUAACUUAUGGCGCUGGUAUCCUUUGUCAUUCAACGGAGAAGAACUACAUUGUCACAAAUAUACCUUGGCUGCUGGGAUCGCUGGGCACGAUGGUCGAGGAUAUCACGAUUUUUAUACAAUUUCGUCUAUAUGCGGUUGCGGACUCAACAGCCGCAGGGCCAUGAUUGUAAAGGGCCAGGGUACAGCCACGCUAAUAGUUUAGCGCAUUGAUCGACUCUACGGGGACGCGGCGUGGGUUCCGUUAGUUGGUCGCGCUUAUCAAAAGUUGUGUCGAGUUUUUUUAUCUGUCAAAAAAAAGUUGCGGGGUUUAGGUGGCAUGGCGUUUGUAC